AUGGUGGUGGUGGCGCGGGUGAUUAUGGAGGACUGCAGAGCAGCGCAGUGUUCAUCGUGUUCCGUGUCCGGGGCUCCGGGAGCGUUGGGCGGCUGUGCGUGCAGCUCUGUGACCGCGGUGAGGCGGCAGCGGUCAGAGGGCUCCAUCCGCGCCGUCACCCGCCAUCAGCACCGUCUACCUGUUCAUCCGCUCAUGCCGCCGCAUCCACCCAUCAUCACCACCACCCCUUUCGUCGUCUCCUCCUCCUCCUCCUGCAGCGGCGUCCUCUCGGCUCUGUUACUCGGCGGUCGGGUCCCCUCCUCGGGCUUUCGGCGGUGGUGGCGGCGGCGGCUCCCGUCGGCUCUCCGCCCGGACGUGAGCUCUCAUCGUUCGCUCCUACCGGUCCGGGCCGCCGGUCCCAACCUCCGUCCCGUCCCGCCCGACCUGCUGACGCAGCCUUCUCCCCGCCGGAGGGUCGGUUUUAACGGGGAGCAGCGACGGUGGAAGAGACGGGCGAGAAAAAUAAAUAAAUCCUCCAUCGAAAGGGGGCGGGGCCACCGACACACGACGGAACUACGUGCAACAAAGAUCAGCUGGUCGUCGGCGGGUGGAGGGUGGAGGGGUGGGGUGGAGGGGGUGGUGGUGGUGAUGGUGCGGGGUGGGAGGGCCGACUGCAGCCUGCCAGACUUCACCCCAGCAUCACCACCUCUGCAGGAAAAUGUUUUUGUGAACUCUAAGUCAAACACUGUUACCCCUCUAAAGAAAAAUGGUGUAAGGCGGCUUCCGGGAAUCUGUCGACGCUUGAAGCGACGAAGAGUCACAAUCCUGUGUAACCUGGAGAAGUUCUGCUGGGGGCGAAGUUGGUGGAAAAGUCAAAAGACUUCAUCUGGUCAGGUGUGCCCGUGCCCUCGGGGUUCCAGGUGUUCACAUUUCUUUCUCCACAGUAUCUGA